AUGAAUAAUAAAGAGGAAUUAUGUGAUAGCAAUAAGAUAUAUGCUUCCGAGAUACUGGCGAUUUUGCUUCAAAGCAGUGUGGCAAAUCAGAAGAGGUUAGGUCAAAUGAAUGGUGUGGAUGUGGUGUUGCAGGCUGUGGCAAUGUAUAAGUUGAGGGAUCCAAAGAGUUUAGAUGAGGAGGAGAUGGUUGAGAAUCUCUUUGAUUGCUUGUGUUGUUUGCUGAUGCCAUUAGAGAACAAGGAGAGGUUUUUGAAAGCUGAAGGGGUUGAAUUGAUGAUUAUUAUCAUGAACCAGAAGAAAUUGUGUUAUGGAUCAGCCAUCAGAGCUCUUGAUUUUGCAAUGACGAAUUAUCCACCUGCUUGUGAACGGUUUGUUGAUGUUAUGGGGAUUAAAACCGCUUUCCCUGCAUUCAUGGUUAAGAUUCCAACAACCAAAAACAAGAAGAGAUCUAAAGAAGAAUUGGAGGAACGGCUUAUAUCAUUGGUUGCUUCACUUUUUGGUGGAGUUUUGAGGGGUUCAAGAAGGGAAAGAUUACUCAGUAAAUUUGUGGAAAAUGAGUAUGAAAAGAUAGACAGGCUAAUGGAGCUUUAUAUUAGAUAUUCAAACAGAGUGAAAGAAGAAUCCGAAAGGCUGAAUGAUCUUGAACUUGAUGAUCUUGAGAUGGAUGAAGAUGAAAAAUACAAUCGGAAGCUAGAAUCUGGACUCUAUUCUCUUCAGUUAAUUGCAGUUAUUUUGGGUCAUCUUUGGACAUCCGAGCAUCCUCGGAUAAAGGCAAGAAUUGAAUCACUACUUAAGCAACAAAAGUUGACUAAAACAGACGUCAAGAAUGUUCUACAGGAAUAUCAUGACAACAUCGGUGAUCUUGAUGGCCCAGAUGAGAAAGAGAAAGCACAAGCCAAAAUCCAGAGAUUCAUCGCAGCUUUGUGAAAACUAUAAAAAUGUUAUGAGUUAACCCAACCUUUACUUAAAUUCAUAUACUU